AUGAAUGUACAACUUCUACUUCUACCACCACCACAACCACUGCCACCACAACCACCACAACCACCAUCACCACUGCUGUCACAGCUACCGCUUCCACCACUGCCACCACAACCACCAUCACCACUGCUGCCACAGCCACCGCUACCAUCACCACUGCCACCACAACAACCAUCACCACUGCUGCCACAGCCACCACUAACACCACCACCACCACUGUCACCACAACCACCAUCACCACUGCUGCCACAGCCACCGCUACCACCACCACCACUGCCACCACCAUCACCAUUGCUACCACAGCCACCGCUAACACACCACUCAAACCACUGCCACCAUCACCUCUGCUGCCACAGCCACCGCUACCACCACCACUGCCACCACAACCACCGUCGCCACCACACUUGUCUAUUUAUUUGA